UAACACAACGCACCACUUGGUUCAUUCCCUCAACCAUCACAAAGAUUCGAACAUGUACAUUUAGACCUCAUCAUUAUGCCAUAUUCAGAAGGAUUCCGCUACUGCCUUACGUGUAUCGAUAGAUUUACUCGAUGGCCGGAAGUGAUACCUUUGGAGAACCAAGAAGCAGAGACUGUCGCCCGAGCAUUUUAUACACAUUGGAUUUCAAGAUUUGGUACACCUCUUAUUAUAACGACUGAUCAAGGGAGACAAUUCGAAUCAAACCUUUUCAAGUAUCUAGGAUAUUUGACUGGUACAAAUCACCUUAGGACUACGGCCUACCACCCUUCAGCAAACGGUAUGGUAGAACGAAGCCAUCGACAGCUUAAGGCCGCUAUCAAAUGUCACCAGAACAAACGGUGGACUGAAAUACUCCCAACAGUCUUAUUAGGCAUACGAGCAGCUUGGCGCGAGGAUCUGAAGUCCACAUCCGCAGAACUUGUAUUCGGAGAACCACUUCGUCUACCUGGUGAAUUUCUCUCAACAAGAUCAGAUGACGCUAAGUUUGAGAACGCAGCAGAGUUCAUCAAGGAUCUUCGACACCAGAUUCGCCAGAUACAACCGGUAAAUGGAACCUGCCACGGAGAAAAGAAAAAUUUCAUAUUUAAGGACCUCGCCACCUCCAAACAAGUGUUUAUUCGUCAUGAUGGACCGAAAAACUGUCUACAAAUGCCGUACGACGGCCCAUACCCAGUUGUAAGUCGCAAUCGGAAAACCUUCUGCAUUGAUGUGAAAGGGAAAAAGAUAACAGUGACUAUUGAUAGACUGAAACCAGCCUACAUAAUUGCUGAUGACAUACACGAGGAGGUUAGCUCCAGAAACAUGAAACAUGCCACACCCGAAUCUAUCGCAAAUAAGGAACCAAAAACAGAAGAACCGACACCAGAAACAAAAGACAGGAAAACGCGUUCCGGUAGAAGAGUCCAUUUCCCCGAACGUCUUCAAAUAAGUUCCUGCUGACUCCAUCACUGGUAGGGGGGUGAUGUGGCGACGUGAACAAUACACAACGAGCCGCCCAAAUUAUUUACGAUGUCGACAGCGUACAAUAGGAAAAACCCAUGUUCUAGAAUAUUCCACGAUGGUCUCGCUAGAGUAUACUCGGGGAUGUUCUAGAACAAAGCGGAGCCUAUAAAUACCAGCUGAUCAGAUGCUCAAUUUUCAUUCCGUCAGUGACUACGUAUCGCGACUUACCGUGUUAUUCAGUUCGCAGUAAUAUUGUACGCGUAAUUGGUAUUUGUUUGUUAUA